UGCUCGGUCGGGGACGCCCCACGCGGGCGCGCACGAGCGGCGCGGAGCGCAGCGGCCGAGGUCUUGCUGACCCGCGGCGGCAAGUGCGCCCUCGCCCCCUGGAGUCGGCCACUGCGAGCUGCUCGGGCCCGGGGCCCCACCGCCUCAAGUCUGGGAGCUUCCGGCCCCACUCUGCCUUUGCCUAUGGGGAUCCGAGAGUUUCCCGGAGGAGCACCCAGGGGCAAAAGCAUCGCCAUUGGCAUGAGGAGGUCACCGGACGUCAGUCCCCGGAGACUGUCUGACAUCAGCCCCCAGCUCCGGCAGCUCAAGUACUUGGUGGUGGACGAGGCGAUUAAGGAGGAUCUGAAAUGGUCGCGCUCAGUGGAAGACCUCACCAGCGGGCCGGUGGGGCUCACAUCCAUCGAGGAGCGGAUCCUGCGCAUCACUGGCUACUAUGGCUACCAGCCCUGGGCAGCGAGCUACAAAAGGGAGGAGCGACCCCGGGAAUCCCCUGGCCCUACUGAAGCCCAGGCACCAGCAGGGACAGAGGCCAGUGGGAGAACAAGCCACUUCUGCUGGAGAUGCUCCAAGGCUCAGCUCAAGAAGAUCUUCUGGGGUGUGGCAGUAGUGCUGUGUGUGUGCUCCUCCUGGGCCGGCUCCACACAGCUGGCCAAGCUGACCUUCAGGAAGUUUGAUGCACCCUUCACCCUGACUUGGUUUGCCACCAACUGGAACUCUUUAUUCUUCCCCUUGUACUAUGCUGGACAUAUCUGCAAGUCAGCAGAGAAACAGUCUGUGAAGCAGCGAUACAGGGAAUGCUGUCGAUUUUUUGGAGACAAUGGCUUGACUUUGAAGGUGUUUUUUACCAAGGCAGCACCCUUUGGUGUUCUUUGGACACUCACAAACUACCUGUAUUUACAUGCAAUAAAGAAAAUAAAUACUACGGAUGUCUCCGUGUUGUUCUGCUGCAACAAAGCUUUUGUGUUCUUGCUCUCAUGGAUCGUUCUCAGGGACAGGUUCAUGGGAGUGAGGAUUGUGGCCGCCAUCCUCGCCAUUGCUGGGAUUGUGAUGAUGACAUAUGCCGAUGGCUUCCACAGUCACUCUGUUAUUGGCAUAGCACUGGUGGUGGGUUCUGCAUCCAUGUCUGCCCUCUAUAAGGUUCUGUUCAAGCUCCUCCUGGGCAGUGCUAAGUUUGGAGAAGCCGCCUUAUUUUUGUCCAUACUGGGUGUGUUUAACAUCCUCUUCAUCACCUGUAUUCCUGUCAUUCUCUACUUUACCAAAGUGGAAUAUUGGAGCUCUUUCAAUGACAUUCCAUGGGGAAACCUUUGUGGAUUUUCAGUCCUGUUAUUGACAUUCAAUAUUGUAUUAAAUUUUGGAAUUGCUGUUACAUACCCCACUCUGAUGUCUCUUGGAAUCGUCCUCAGUGUACCUGUGAAUGCAGUGGUUGAUCACUAUACAAGUAAAAUAGUCUUCAACGGAGUCCGGGUCAUCGCCAUCAUUAUCAUCUGCCUGGGCUUCCUCCUCCUGCUCUUGCCUGAGGAAUGGGAUGUCUGGUUGAUUAAGCUUCUCACCCGCCUCAAAGUGAGGAAGAAGGAGGAGACAGCUGAAGGUGGCACAGACCUGGGCUCAGGAUCUCAAAACAAAAACAGAAGAGCCCACCCUUCCUUUGCCCGCUGAUAUCCAGGCCCUAGAACUCUGUGGUGUUAAAGAUUUGGAGGUCUAUUCCUGACAAAGGGACCCUCAGUUUGGUAAGGUGUACAUACCUGUACAGUUUUGGUAAUCUGCAGUAAGUUAUACGGUAUUUAUUGGCAUGUCCAAUUUGCUUGCACUUUUUUCACAUCAGACCUUUCACUAAAGGGUACUAAUUCAAAAUGAAAGAGAAAAGAACCUCUCAGCUCUUUUUAAAAAUGAAUGUAAAGCAGGUUAAAUUUAUCUUUGCAUAGAUUUUUGUGGGUGACAGACAUUCUUGACAAGACAGGGCAAAUGUUUUGAAUCUUAGCAACCGAAAAUUACAUUGCACACUGUGAUUAUUUUUCAGCCAUGGUAGGUCAUAUUUUGUUUUAUACCAGAGCUGUACUCUUAAUUUUAAGGAACUUCAUUGAACCAAAAGAUAAGUGAAAGUUAAUUUAGAUAGAUGGAAGGGUAGAUGGGUGGAUGGAUGAAUGGAUGGGUGGGAUGUGAAGAGGUGAAGAAGAAAGGGGUAACAAACAUUUUAAAAAAGGAAAAAAUCUAUUAUGGCUAGUCUGUGGGUGGAAAUUGAAGGAGGACAGGUCUGAGCCACAUAACAGAGGAGGAAAAAGAAGUUCAAGGACCAGCGGGCUUGUUCUAACAUAUGUGUUUAUGUAAGCUCAUGCAAGAGAAAUUACAGUGCCUUCUCCAGAAUUUUUGUCUUUACCUAUGUGAAGCGAGGUGACAUUAUAAGUCACUGGCGCCGUCUUAUAACUUAGAUGUAGAAAUCUUUAGAAACAAAUAAAAUUAUAUAUAUACAUGUAUGUGUAUGUAUGUAUGUAUGUAUAAAAAUGAAAAUGUUGAUGAUCAGUGUAAAAGAACAUGGUUUGCAGUGUGCAGUGCGCCUAUGAGGUAGACAGUGAAGAGGUGACUUGCUGGUUGCUUUCACUUCAUAACCAAGAUCAAAAAAUAUUUACUGACUCUGUAAACCUUUUUAUGAAACUUUUAAGCACCAGGCUGUUCACUUCCACAGUUUAGGUCUACCAGAAAAUUCUAUCUGUGAUAGAUCUGUAAAGAGGGGGAAGGGGGGUUAGAGUUUACUAUUUUUGAAGUUUACAUUGUUACAUAUGAAAUGGAGACAUUAUUUUGAAAUCUUGUCAUAACCCAAUGGUGCACUCUGUAACCAUGGAGUCUUUCGUUUCAUAGGGGAAAGGGGAAAGGGGCAUUCAUGAUCUGAACUUUUUAGCCAAUUAUUGUUCUCAGUUUCCAUUACCUAUUGGAUAAACAGAUUAAUAAACUAUUUAAAAAAGAAGCAUUUAGUGCUGCUGUGAUGACCCCUUUAUCAUUCUGCUGCUACCCU